AUGGUUCGCGGCGCCGAUUACGACAACGGAGUUCCCCAGAGCGACAACGCCAUUGAGGCGGGCGCUACCAAGGCACACGGCACUGGCGCGACUGACGCCCCCCUCAACCGUGUCAACAAAGUCGCCCCCAUGCCCGAAGAGACCGGCUCUCAGCGCGAGGUUUAUAGCGGUAUGGGCGGUGCUGGCUCGAACAGCGGAAAGGGUGGCCAUGAGCCCAAGACUCUCGGCGAGAACAAGGGUCGUGGCGCUCAGGGUGUGAACUAA